AUGUCCUGCUCCAGCCUGUGCGUCCCCAGCUGCGGGGUGGCCACCCCAUCCCCUCUGGCUGACACCAGCAAUGAGCCCUGCGUGCGGCAGUGCCCCGACUCCACGGUGGUCAUCCAGCCCCCGGCCUCAGUGAUCACCUUCCCCGGGCCCAUCCUCAGCUCCUUCCCUCAGCAGAGCGUCGUGGGCUCGGCCGGAGCUCCCUACGUGGGAGCCGGCUCCGGGGGCGCCUUUGGGAGCCGUGGGGGCUCCGGGGGCUUUGGGGGCUUUGGGGGCUUUGGAGGUUUUGGGGGUUAUGGCAGCUCUGGCGGUUAUGGCAGCUGUGGCCGCGGUUCCCGCUCCUUCGGGGGCUCCUGCGGGCCCUGCUAA